AUGAGCCAGACGGCGGCGGGCGGCUACUUUCAAAACGUCGACACCAUGGACGAGUAUUCGUGCCAGGAGUCGGCAAUGAAGAACGCCGACGGAAUGGGAACGCUGUCGAAACAAUUUCAGCCGAAAAAAUUCAAAGAUGGCAACAAAUUGUGGAAUAAGGAGAUUGAGCAGGGCCAAUCCUACUCGUACACGCCGUUCCGAUCGACGACAUUGAGCAAGAGUCAGACGACGCCGAAACCGACGAGAGAUUCGGUGCACACCGGCACGCUGCGACCGCCGAAAGCGAAUCCGUUCGUCUACGAUCCGCCGUCGGCGCCGUCGACGCCAAAAAUGACGCGAGCGCGUCCCGGCAGCAGCGCGGCGACACUGACAAGAGAGCAGAAGCUCACGUGGGGUCGCGCGCCGCCUCCACAACACCAGCACCACCAUCAACACUUUAGAUCGGUGUCGGCGAUGAGCCAUGGUCGAACACUGCCGAGACCCAGCGAGUUCUCGCCGAUGCCACCGCAACGACAUCCAUCGAUCGCGACGCUGCCGCGCGGCGAGCCCAUCGACGCCUACUGCAUUCCGCCGCCGCCGCUUCACAUGAUCUCAAGACCGCCGUCGUCGAUGGCGGCGCCGGCGACGCCGUUGGCCUCAAAUCUACCCGUCUUCGUGCCGCCGUCGCCGAAAGCGGUCGCUCGCCAACUCUCGCUGACGCCGACCGACGUGAAUUGGAAUCGCGUCAGCCUCAUUUGUUGUAUGCAGGUGAUCUGCUGCAUCACGAUGUUCGGCGUCGGCGUCGCGCGCGUCCUCUCCGGCGCCCUCUGGGCCAUCGGCGUCGAGAACGUGUUCGCGACGGGCGCGCUGAUCCCGGCGCUCGCCGGCAUCUACGCCGUCAAAACCGGCAACUACUCGGCGGCGAUGUUCGCCUUCCUCGCGAAUGCAUUGCAAAUGAUGCUCGCGUUGGCGCCAUUUUUAAUUGGCAUGUUUCCAUUGGUCCCGCAUUUGUUCCCAAAAGUUCACGAGAGCUGGCUCGUCUCGCCGACGGAGCCGAUCCAUCUCGAUCUGAUUCUCAGCUUCCUUGUCGCGCUGCAAACGCUGCUCGCGUUCCAUUUGGCGAUCAUGGGAUGCAAGGCGAUCGGCUCGGCGAUGAGCACAAUCGAUGAGCUCAAACUUCAGAGUAGCAUGCGCGCGGCGUUUGAGGACGCCGAUGGGAUUCCAUAUAAGAGUGUCGCAUAA